AUGUCUCUUCCGACUCCGGAACAAAGUAAGAUCUUAUCUACAUUGGAAGAUUUGGCGAAAAUGUUACAAAAAGCCCAAAUAAACAUCAAGAAAUGUCCUAAACAAAGACUAACAGAAGGUUACAUAAAAUCAAGAUUAAAGUCUAUCGGAGAUGACUGGAUAGCAUUCAAGCAAGCACAUAGCAAUCUUACAAGGUGUACACCGCGCGAACAACGGACAGAUUUUCCAUAUUUUCAUAAUGAAGAAUAUUUUGAAAUUGAGGAAUUGUAUAUCAACAUACGGGCGGAUUUAAUGGAUAUUUUGGCUGGAAUAGAAGGUCAACGACGUUCCGUCGAAGCAGUAAACUUUUCAACAUCUACUCAAGACAGUCAACAGCCGUUCGCAAAGUUACCAAGAAUACAAUUGCCUACAUUCUCCGGGAAAUAUGAAGACUGGCCAACAUAUCAAGAUUUAUUCGAAGCACUUGUUCACAACACGUCAUUAAGCGAUGUACAAAAACUACAUUAUUUGAAAACAAGCGUAUCUGGGGAAGCUGAAAUGUUAUUACGUAACAUACAAAUAACCGGAAGAAACUAUACACAGGCAUGGAAUAUUCUCAAAGAGAGGUUUGGAAAUAAAAGAAUAAUAGUUAAUUCGAUUUUGAAGAGGUUGUUCGCUCAGAAGAAAGUUAUUAGUCAGUCGGCAAGCCAAAUGAAAACAUUACUUGACACUACUGCGGAAUGUAUUACAAGUUUGAAUAACUUCAAAAUAAAAACAGAUUCUUGGGAUCCAGUAAUAGUAUUUCUGGUGGGGCAGAAAUUGGAUACAGAGUCGUUAAAGGAAUGGGAACAACAAGUUCACAAGGAUAACUUCGAUGAACUGCCUACCUGGGCUGAAAUGAAGAAAUUUCUCGAGUUGAAAUUCCGAACCUUAGAACUAGUUGCUCCAAUUACAUCAAAUAGUACUAGAGAGAGGUCUACAAAUCAAAAAUCAUUCCACAUUGCGUCUGAAGAUAAUGAAAUUGAUGAAAUUCAGUCUGCACAUUCGAGUAUCAAUUCAAAACAAACUUGUUCGUACUGCAAUGAAGUUGGUCACUACAUCUAUAGUUGUAAAGAAUUUGUGAAGCAACCUGUGGACAAGAGACACGAAUUCGCUAAGAAGAGAAACUUAUGUUUUAACUGCCUCAUUCCAAACCACAGUGUAUAUAAAUGUAGACAAAAAACAUCGUGCCGAGUUUGCCAAAGAAGACACCAUUCGCUUUUACACCAAACAAAGAACACAAAUCAAGAAGAAAGCUCACAACCAGAACAGAAUAUCACAACUGCACAUUUCUCCAAUGAACAACCCGGUCACAAAGUAUUAUUAGCAACAGCACAAGUCGAGGUCUCAGGGAACGAUGGUAAUACACACCUGCUUCGUGCUUUAAUCGAUCAAGGGUCAGAGGCUUCAUUCGUUUCUGCAAGAGUAGUUGAACUGUUAGGCCUGAAACGGACUAAUAUCAACGGUGUGGUCUCUGGAGUAGGAGAAAAUACAAAUGUACCGAUCAAACACUUAGUCGACCUGUCAGUCAAGUCGCAAUACAAUGAUAAGGAAAUUAUACAAGUGAAGGCCUACGUUUUGAAGAAAAUAUCUACAUGUCUUCCCUCGAGAAACAUUGUGGCUGACUGGAAAGAGCUCCAAACGUUACAACUGGCUGACCCUGCCUAUCACACGCCUGGUAAAAUCGACCUAUUACUCGGCGCAGACAUCUUUUGUAAGAUAAUUGAAGAAGGGCUUGUGAGGAUGCCAGAUGGGAUAGUUGCUCAAAAGACAAGUUUGGGGUGGAUUCUCUCGGGUCAAAAGGACAAAGGAAACAACAGUCACAAUUUGAUUUCACUACAUGUAACAAGUAUGGUGGCUGAAGAUAAUGAUUUACUAAGAAAGUUCUGGGAAAUAGAAACUGAUUUGUACAAAAAGAAGAAACUACUAACAAAAGAAGAAGAGAGAUGUGAAGACAUAUACAAACAAACAACUAGAAGAGAAAACACUGGAAGAUACAUAGUACACUUACCUCUGAAACAAAGUAUUGAAGAAACAGUAAGACUAUGUGGAGAUACAAAACAACAAGCAAUAAAUAGAUUUAGAAGCUUAGAAAGAAAAUUUGAAAACAACAAACAAUUUAAGGAAGAUUACAAGAAGGUAAUUCAAGAAUACAAAGAAAUGGGUCACAUGAAGAAGUCAAACAAGAAAGAUGACAAACACGCAAUUUAUUUGCCUCAUCAUGCUAUAGUACGUGAAGACAAAGAGACAAGUAAGGUACGAGUAGUAUACGAUGCGUCUGCGAAAGGUACAAAUAAUCACUCUUUAAAUGAUACCAUGAUGGUAGGACCCGUUUUACAACCUGAUUUAAGAAGCCUUAUUAUCUCCUGGCGCACACACAAGAUAUGUGUUGUGGGAGACAUUGAAAAAAUGUACAGAAUGAUCAAUAUGACAGAUGAACACACGAGCUUGCAACGCAUUAUUUGGCGAAAUGAACCUGAAAAAGAACUUGAAUGUUAUGACCUAACAACAGUAACUUUUGGCACCGCAGCAGCUCCAUACUUGGCUGUGAGAACCUUAAAUCAACUUGCUGAAGAUGAAGCACAGACAUUUCCCGACACUGCACCUGUAAUAAAAAACUCGUUUUAUAUGGACGAUCUCAUGACCGGAAAUGACAAUAUUGAAGCAACAAUAAAAAUGUGUGAAGAAAUAAGAACUAUACUUAAAGGAGGAGGAUUUAACAUGCAAAAGUGGUCAAGCAACUCUGAAGAAGUUUUGAAAUAUUUACAAGAAGGAGAAAGCAGUACAAAGGAUAAAAUAGAAAUAAAACUUGACAAAAUUAUAAAAAUUCUUGGUUUGACUUGGGAUAGAAAAGAUGAUACAUUCAAAUUUACCGUAAACUUACCUGAGAUGAGAUAUCCUAUAACAAAGAGAUCUAUUCUCUCUGAUGUGGCUCGUCUAUUCGACCCAUUUGGAUGGUUGUCACCAGUCGUGGUCACUGCUAAAGUUCUAAUCCAGAAGUUGUGGCUGUGUAGUCUGGGCUGGGACGACGAAUUACCAUUGGAGUUGAGGGAAGAAUGGAUUGCAUACAGACAAGAGCUAAUACAUUUGCAAAGCAUUGAAAUACCAAGAUGGUUAAAAACUACAACAAAAAAUCGCAAACAAAUACAACUACACGGCUUUGCAGAUGCAUCCACUCAAGCGUACGCUGCUGUUACUUACCUUCGAGUUGUAGAAGAUGACGAAGUACACGUGAUGAUGAUUGCGUCUCGAACUAAGGUUGCACCUCUGAAGCAAAUCUCUGUCCCUAAACUGGAGCUUUGUGCUGCUGCGUUACUUGCUGAACUCAUUGAAGAUCUGAUGGAAAUCCUAAAGAUAGACAAAGACCAAAUCUUCGUAUGGACCGAUUCAAUGGUUGUAUUGGCAUGGCUACAGUCUCAACCGAGUCGCUGGCGAACCUUCGUAGCCAAUAGAGUGGCAGAUGUUAUCCGUAUCUUAGACAAUAGCCAAUGGCGUCACGUUCAGUCUGCUGAUAACCCUGCUGACUUCGCUACAAGAGGCGUUAAAGCAUGCGAUCUAGCAGCUCUAGAGAGUUGGUGGACUGGACCUAGAUGGCUAAAGGAAGAAACAUUGGAGUUACAAAGAUACAGUAUUCCACAAACAGACUUAGAAGCAAAACAUUCAUUUCACAAUACAAUCACGGAGGAACCAAUUUGGGAGAGAUUUUCGACAAUGUCAAGAAUGAAGAGAGUACUGGCAUACUGCAGAAGAAUCCUGAAAGAAAAAGAAACAAUAAAAAGAGAGAAACAUCUAACAACAAAUGAAAUGGAAAGAGUAGAAGAAGAAUGCAUAAAAUAUUAUCAAAAUUUAGUCUAUGGAAAGGAAAUUGAAGCAUUGAAAAAGGAAGGAAGAGUCAAGAAACGAAGUUCUCUAAUCACGCUUGCGCCUUUCUUAGAUGAGAAGGGAUUGAUAAGAGUGGGAGGAAGGCUACAUAAUGCUUCUAUGGCUGAAAAUACUAAACACCCUAUCAUUAUACCAAACAACCAACAUAUUACUAAAUUAUUGAUACAUGAAGCUCACAUCAAAACACUUCAUGGCGGCAUUCAACUGAUGAUGACAUUCUUAAGAAGCAAAUACUGGGUGAUUGGUCUAAAAUCAGCUGUAAGAAAAUGCAUACGUACCUGUAAAACCUGUAUUGUUGACAAAGCCAAAGGGAAAAAUCAAUUCAUGGGUCAAUUACCAGCAGUAAGGGUUAACCCACAUCGAGCAUUCUCAAACAGCGGAGUCGAUUACGCUGGCCCAGUAUUGAUCAGAACAUCUAAGGGUCGUGGACACCAUGCUACAAAGGGCUACAUCUGCUUAUUUGUGUGUAUGGCCACACGGGCUAUCCACCUCGAAGCUGUGACAGAUCUUACCACUCAAGCAUUUAUGGCGGCGUUUCGAAGAUUUGUAGCUCGCAGAGGUCAAUGCUUGCACUUGUGGAGUGACAACGGCACAAACUUUGUGGGCGCUGCCAAAGAGUUAAAAGAACUUUUCCAGAAGGGAAAGGAUAAUUUGGCAGCAGAAGUAGCAGAACUCUUAGCCAAUGAUGGAACAACAUGGCAUUUCAUACCACCAAAAAUGCCAACAUGUGGAGGUUUAUGGGAGGCUGGAGUUCAGUCAGCGAAAAGACACCUGAUUAGAGUUAACAAGGACACCAAAUUGACUUUCGAAGAGAUGACUACGCUAUUAACACAGAUUGAGGCGUGCCUUAAUUCAAGACCGCUUUGCCAAAUUGAUAAUACCUCAGAAACACCGCUGACCCCAGGGCAUUUUCUCGUUGGUGAGCCUCUGAUAAGUGUCCCUGACCUAAAUUAUGAGCACAAAAACAUUUGUUUAUUAUCCAGGUGGCAAAUGGUACAAAAGAUGACACAAGAAUUUUGGCGUCGCUGGAAAACCGAAUAUCUCAACACAUUGCAACAAAGAUAUAAGUGGCAAGUAGCUAUUUCAACGCCAAAGGUGGGAGAUAUGGUGGUAAUCAAAGACGAAGAUACACCCCCAACAAAGUGGUUACUUGGCAGAAUCAAGAAAGUACACCCUGGAGCAGACAACCUUGUAAGAGUGGUCACAGUACAGUGCAAGGGUAACCAUGAGUUAAAAAGACCAAUAUCAAAACUUAUACCACUACCUGUUGAGAGUUUGAAUUGA